CCUCAGAGGGGCGGGGCCUCCGUUGCGGACCGAGGCGAGAUGGCGGCCACAGAGGGGGUCGGGGAGGCUGCGCAAGGCGGAGAGCCAGGGCAGCCGGAGCAGCCCCCGCCCCAGCCGCCCCCACCGCCGCCCCCACCGCCGCCCCCCCAGCAGCACGAGGGAGAGAUGGCGGCCGAGGUCGGGGAAGCCGUGGCGUCCCCCAUGGACGACGGGUUUCUGAGCCUGGACUCGCCCUCCUACGUCCUAUACAGGGACAGAGCAGAAUGGGCUGACAUAGAUCCAGUGCCGCAGAACGAUGGCCCCAAUCCCGUGGUCCAGAUCAUUUAUAGUGACAAAUUUAGAGAUGUUUAUGAUUACUUCCGAGCUGUCCUACAGCGUGACGAAAGAAGUGAAAGAGCUUUUAAGCUAACCCGGGACGCUAUUGAAUUAAAUGCAGCCAAUUAUACAGUGUGGGCUGGAGAUUUUUGCCACGUUGAAGCUGAACGAGGCGUGUGGGAGGCUGUGGCUGGGAGCAGCGCUGAGAGCUCUGGGCAUGGCAUGCAGUUCUUGGAUAAAUUAACAAAAACUUCUCUCCCUUCUUCUCUGGGCUUUAGGCAUCAUAGGCGAGUAUUAGUGGAAUGGCUACGAGAUCCAUCUCAGGAGCUUGAAUUUAUUGCUGAUAUUCUUAAUCAGGAUGCAAAGAAUUAUCAUGCCUGGCAGCAUCGACAGUGGGUUAUUCAGGAAUUUAAACUUUGGGAUAAUGAACUGCAGUAUGUGAACCAACUUCUCAAAGAGGAUGUGAGAAAUAACUCUGUCUGGAACCAAAGAUACUUCGUCAUUUCUAACACCACUGGCUACAAUGAUCGGGCUGUAUUGGAGAGAGAAGUCCAAUACACACUGGAAAUGAUUAAACUAGUCCCACAUAAUGAAAGUGCAUGGAACUAUUUGAAAGGGAUUUUGCAGGAUCGUGGUCUUUCCAAAUAUCCUAAUCUGUUAAAUCAAUUACUUGAUUUACAACCAAGUCAUAGUUCCCCCUACCUAAUUGCCUUUCUUGUGGAUAUCUAUGAAGACAUGUUGGAAAACCAAUGUGACAAUAAGGAAGACAUUCUUAAUAAAGCAUUAGAGUUAUGUGAAAUCCUAGCUAAAGAAAAGGACACUAUUAGAAAGGAAUAUUGGAGAUAUAUUGGAAGAUCUCUGCAAAGCAAACACAGCACAGAAAAUGACUCACCAACAAAUGUACAGCAAUAACACCAUCCAGAAGAACUUGAUGGAAUGCUUUUUUUAUUAAGGGAAUCUAUGCAGGAGUUUAAAACUAGAGUGAUCCUUCCCUUUGCCUGUGGUGUAAAAGUACAUCAUACAGGUAUUGCUUUUUAACAAGAACUGAUGCUCCUUAGGUGCUGCUGCUACUCAGAAUAGCUCUAAGUAAUGUGAUUCUUCUAAAGCAAAGCCAUUGGAUGGGAGGGGAAAGAAAAAGUCCCAUAAAGGAACUUUUGUAGUUUUAUCAACAUGUAAUCUAAUCCCUUAGCAUCAACUCCUCCCUCAGUGGUACACGUGUCAGGAUUUGUAGCAGUAAUGACUGCCGGUCACUUGUUUGUAAUGAAUAUGAGGUAGCCAAAGUUUGGUUCAGUAAGCAGGGAAUACAGUGGUUCCAUCAGAGCUGGUCUGCACACUCACAGAAUCUUGCUAUCACUGUAACCAACUAAUGCCAAAAGAAUGGUUUUGUAAUAAAAUUAUAGCUGUAUCUAAAAACAA